AUAAGUAUACCCCAAAAUAUAUACUUCAAAAUAUGUAUAAGGUUGUUUGCUUACUAGCUUUGAGUUUCCUGCUGCUCUUUGGUUUACCAAACACAGCAGAGGCUCGAGUACUACUACCAUACGAAUCUCCAAACCCCAGAGAAGGGGUUUGGGAUCAAAAGAUGAUAAAAGAGAUAAAGGCUGAGGUAGAUAGAAGUUGUUCAUCUCGUGCAGGUGGAAGAGGGCCACCCAAUAGACCAGAAUCACAUAUACCAGGCUCCCCAAAACGAUGUAAUCCUUAGCGAUCAUAUUAGUAGCUAAGUAUAUAUAGUGCACUUUUAAUUUGUCCUAAACUGUAAUAUCUUUUUUCUUUUACGUUAUCAAUCUUCUCCAAACAUAAGAAGGUAGUCGUUUAUUUUUUGGUUCUAGGUCUUGAAUAUCAUACAUUUGUAGUAGCUAGACCACUUGGUAUGUGAGACUUUAAGUGAACUAGAGCAAUAUGUCCUAUGGGUUUUUAUGAAAUUGGGAUCACUAGCCAACU